AUGAAAGUUAAAACUAAAAAAACAGAAGAAGAAAUCCAAAAAGCUUUGUUCGAACCAUUACCCAAAGCCGCGACGAGUAGAGUUUGGGAGGAUGCAAACCCAUCGUGGUGUGAACUUUCAGAGUUCCGUCUUUAUACUAAAAUUGUUGAGCACAAGCCAGCAGGAAUUUGUAAACAGUUUAACGUAAUGGCUUUGGUUGAUUUCAUGAACAACAUAUACGAAGAUGAAAACGCCGAUUUCGACGAGCUUUUAAGUCCUGACGAUUUGGAAAAGUUGAAGAAGAGGAGGGAAAAUCCUGAUCCAGAAAAUAUUCUUGUUUUCCGACCAAAAUAUCGCAUCCGACCAACAACUGACCAGAUUUUGGAGAAAGUGAAAGAGUUGUGGGAUCUCGAUAUAAUUGAACACAAUGAGUACAUACCAGAACGGAUUGAAGUUCAAGACGAAUUUUAUUUACCAGCAGGAGAUUUUUCAGAACUUUUAAGGAAAAAAGAAGACAGUACGUCUCUAAUGCCAACAAGAAAAAAACGAAGAGGUGGAUCCCCAGAUUCAUUUAGCUCAAGAUGUAGCACACCUGCUAUGCGCAGCUAA